AUGGUUGUAACGGAGACCGCUGCGGUCGUCGAGGAGACUGCCGCUCCCGAACCAGACAUUGAUGAGGCUGUAAUGAGGGAGCUCAACAUAGAUGAGCUUGUAGAGCUCGACAUUGACGUCGAACUAGAGGUUAGAUUGGCCGAAGACGUGGAGUUGAAGAAGGAAGCCAGUGAACUCGUAGGCGAACUCGUCAAAGCCGACGAGAAACUAGCUGCGCUAGAACUGCUUGGGAUUGGAGUAGAGAACGAAAGACUUCCGCUUGAGAUUGGUGCUGUUACCGAUGAAGAAGCCGGAGCGGAUAACGAGAUACUGGAAAAGCUGGAGGGUAUAGCAGGCGUGGUUGUGAGGCCUAUCGACGAACCACUAGGGUUUCUAGGAGACGUCGAGGUCCUGCUAGCGGGGGUCGAAGAUGGGGGAGCCUGGCUUGACGUCGUUGAUGUAGCCGUACCAGAGGAUACAACAGAAGUGGACGCUGGUGGAGAUGAAACAGACGACCCGCCGCUGGUGGCCGACGGCAUGAGCGAUGAGACACCUGGUGAAGAUCCAGAGGAGGCUGACGGCUGCGAAGGACUUCCGGAAGGAGAGGACGACCCUAUCGGUGGGGGGCUCACUAAGGACGUCGGAGAAGACGCAGUCGGGUUCGAAGAGCUGCGUAUUCCCGUUGCCGUACUGCCUGUCGGUAUUCCUAUGCUUGACGAGGGAUUGCUGGGUGCUGACGAUGGGCCGGGCAAGGACACCGUGAACCGACUACUUUGUGCGCCUGACGGCUGGCUUGAAAGCGCCGUGGAUGGAGCACUGAACGACUCAGAAAUGACUAAUGAAGACGGGUAUGAGAAGCUUCCAGUGCUAAAAGUAGUUGAUAUCCUAGUGAUCGUCAUGGUCUGCCCGCCGGACGCAACACUCGUGAUGGUAAAGAUCGUCGAGAUGGUGGAUACAGAGGGACUAGAUGGUAAGGCUGAAGGUCCUAGGAGCGAACUGGUUAUUGACGCAGAAGAAGGCAGACCAAGGACGCUAGAGCUGCCCGGUAUGACCGGCGAGCCUGACAGCGAAGUUUGGCUACCGCUCGAAGGUACAACUGGCGUUGGGGGACUUGGGCCAACGAUCGAGCUUUGACCGAAGCUGGAGGAGGCUGCCGGACUUGUGGGCGGAGGUGGGAUUUGCACGGUCACCGUCGUCGUUGAUGGUCCGUUUGGCCCCGUCACGAUGG